AUGCUCAAUCUAACAGACAGCGUGGUUAAGAACGCCACGACCAGAAGCAUGCUCGACGUCAACCCUCAUGGCGGCUUCCACUUCGGUGUGGAUGGGAUCCAUGUUGACGAGGCGGGCCGGGUUUGGACGGGCGAAGACGAGGGCAUCGUACCGGAACAUCCACUUGGUCUUCCAUUUGCGAUCCCUUCACUCGAAUCAGAGGAGCUCAACGUGCAGGGGAGGAACACUUUGGUGGAGGAUCAAGCUGGCGAGGACGGUGGCCACAGUGAUGAUGACGUCGACGACGACGACGACGACGAUGAUGAUGAUGAUGAUGAUGAUGAUGGAUAA